AUGGAUAAAUUUAUAAUUCGUCAGAGUUCUAAAACUUCAGAUCAAAGCAAUAUGAAUGAUAAUAAAUCUAGCGAAAGCGAUCAAAAGAAAAAAAUUCAUACUACUUGGAAUCCUAAUUUAUCUAAAGUUUAUCCUUGGCUUGAAAAAUCCGAAGAUAAUGAUGGUGUAGUCAUAGUAUUUUGUACUUGGUGUAAGGUAGCAAAAAAGAGUAAUCAAUUUACUGAAAGCAUACAGUCUUUACGAAAACAAACUUUUGAACAUCAUCUUAUUACUGUUGAUCAUCAGAAGGCAACAAUUUUUCAAGACAAUCAACAAACUACAAUUAUUCAAAGGUUUACUCAACAACUUAAUGAUCAAAAAUUAAAGAUAAUAUCAUUAAUAAGAAAUGUUUAUUAUCUUUCUAAAAGUAAUCAAAAUAUUUUAAUUGACAAAAGUACUUCAUUUACUGCUAAGCAUCUUGCGAUUGUGACUAAAUACCUUACUCAAAAUACACCAGUUUUGCGAUAUCUUGGAAUGAUUGAACUUGAUAAUUGUAAUGCAGAAUCAAUAACUAAUAAUCUUGAAAGAUUUAUAAUUGCUAAGUCACUUAAUAUUGAAAAUCCAACUCAUUUUGGAAGUGAUAGAGCAAGUACAAUACUUGGGCAAUGUACUGGUAUUGCAGCUCAUCUUAAAAAAUACAAUCCAUAUAUUACUGAAAAUCAUUGUAUUGCACAUCGAUUACAUCUUGCUAGUCAAGAUAUUGCAAAACAAGUUGCUUAUUUUAAAACAUAUGAUACUAUAGUUAAGGGAAUCUAUUUAUAUUUUAGUAGUUCUUAUAAAAGGGCUUUACUAGAAGAAGCGGCAAAUAAUCAGCAAGCUGCUUCUUUAUUAGCUAAUAUUAAUCAAGAAUUCGAAAUUGUUUUACCUACUUAUGGAUCAAACUUACUUGAGUAUAUUGCAAAUAAUAAUUUGAAUAUUUAUGAACUUCCUAUAUUUAUUUUUGAUUUUGCUCAAGCAACUAUAGAGUGUCUUAAUAAUCGUUUUCCAAACCAAGAAUUAUAUAAUGCAUUAGGAAUAUUUGAUCUAGAGCAAUUACCAAAAUUAGAUAGUGAUCUAGCUAAUUAUAGUAAUAAAAAUAUUAAAAUUCUUAGUAAUUUUUAUAGAACUUCUAAAAUGAUUAAUAGUAAAGAAUUUAAACCAUUAAUCAAUAAUAGAGUAUUAAUUAGCGAAUGGGAAAUAGUCAAAUUUUUUCUUAAAAAUUAUCGAUCAAUUAAAUUAUUGAUGCAUGGAAUCUUAUUUUUUUAA